AUGCGGAACAAUUCCAAGCGGAAAUCGCGCGCAGUUGUAGACGCCCCCGUUUCCCCUAAAAGUAGCAUCAACUAUGUCCCCGUCCUCGACGGGAUCGACGCAAGUGCGCUCUCCUGGUCGUCUCACGCGCAUACGUCGCAAGUUCCGAUCUUAGACGUCGAGGACGGAGGAUCUGCCACGUACAACUUGGACGGUAGCGUGCAUACCGUCGCAGCUACUGAAGAAUUUGAGCCGCCGCCACAUCGACCGCUUCCUCCAGGUCCUCUACAGCGGCUUUUACGGUCAUGGAUGGUGUUACGAUGGAAACUCUCGCGGAAAAUCUUCUCCACUACAGUGCCAGUUCUAACCUCAGUAGCUAAUUUGAAGCUUGGCGACGUGUUAAUAACGUUUCCUAUCGUUGCUGGAGCUAUCGCGUACACUGUAUUACAAGCAAAGACAAACGAUGUUCCAGGUACUGGGACGCCGUCUUCUAUUGCGUUGGCAGUAGUCUUUGGCUUCGCUGUUCGAAAUAACUCCAUACUACUGAUAGUCACGGGUAUUCCCUUCGAACGCGCUCUCUUCUAUCACAAAUUGGCAGCUUUUGCUACAAUUAUAAUCGCAAGUCUUCACGGAUUUACUCAUCUAUCAAGAGACGAACAGAGAUUUAGCAAUGUCCAGGUAAUCAGUGGGAGUGGCGCUUUUAUCGCGUUGGUAUCGAUGUCUCUACUGUCUUUAAGCUGCAUUCGACGAAGAUUCUUCGAGUUCUUUCUUCGAGUCCAUUGGGUACUCUUUAUCGCAGUGAUAACGUGUGCGAUUAUCCAUGGUGCAGUGUAUGUCAUGGUUGGAGUAGCCCCCUGGGCCAUCGACAUGGUGUAUCGUCUAGCGUAUCGUUCUCGUAUCUAUGCUCACGGCUCCGUUAGGAGUGCGAACAAAGGUGUUAUUGCACGUAACCAGCUCUCCAUUUGUGCUCUUCCUGGGAAUAUCACAAGAGUUCAGUUCCCUCGAGUACGUCAAGACACAGGCGAGACAUUCGCCUAUGAACCUGGUCAAUACGCGUUCCUUUGUAUCCCUUCUAUCUCGUACUUUCAAUGGCAUCCCUUUACAAUAGCGUCGUCACCACACGAAGCCAUGGUGACGUUCUAUAUCAAGGCAGUAGGAGACUGGACGACCAAGCUUUUGACUGUUGCUCUUAAGCGCGAAGCGAGCGCCAUGAGACUCGACGGCCCUUCGACGUUCGAUCUGCUGGUGGACGGUCCAUACGGAAAACUCGCGCUCGAUUUGUCGACUCCCACGGUGUAUUCUCACGUGGUUUUACUCGCCGGAGGGAUCGGUAUGACUCCCAUGCGAUCAAUAGUAAAUUGGCUACAUCACGAGUGCUAUUAUCGAAGUCGUGGGGUCAUCCCUCACGUGCGAUUUAUCUGGUCAGUUAAAGAGAAGGAGACGAUCUCAAGUUUACUUGCAAGAGACGAACGGAGACGGGAUAGCUGUCUUGAAGUGGAUGAGGUGGCGUCCUACUUUCCUCAUAUUUUAUCCCACCCGAGGAACACGAAUCAACCCACUGAUGCCUUCGUAAGUGAGGUCUAUUUAACGCGAGAUAUCUUGGACGACGAAGCUCAAGAUCUCCCAGAACUGAGCAACUGCCUGCACAUUGGAGCUCGACCUGAUGCCAUCGCAAUUCUACGAGAAAUGGGAGAAGAAGCCAAGAACAGUGGCAAAGAUCGAGUCGCGGUCUUGGUGUGUGGGCCGUCCGCUCUUAUCGACGAUGUGCAUUACGCCAGUACCAGACUUGCCAGAGAACUGAAAGUCCACUUCGAUGUACAUCGAGAAGUAUUCGAGCUCUAG